ACAUGGCUUUAUAGCUAUGAAUAGCGCCACCUGUUGUCUUAUUCCCAAUCUGCGGCGCUUGUUUUUGCAGUCAGGCUGAUCUUCAUUAAGUGAUUUAGCCUGAGGUGACUGACUUUCUCAAUCCAAUUCCCCGGCAGCCCUUUUUGCUCUUUUGUUCGCUUUGUAUCUCUAAAGCAAUAUUGAUUAGUAGUUGCGUUUAAAACGGAUUAUGAGGCCUUUUAUGAGAGCGCAUAAACAGCCACACAGUGCUGCGGGAACUUUGCGGAAUAACAGCCUCUCUGGAGUCUUUGACGUGAUCGUUCGCCAAGAGGACUUUAAAUGAAUCAGUAUAGAAUUCAAUCAAUAACUGGAAGUAGAAAAUAGAAAGAGGGCAACGCAAAACAGCUCACAGAUGCUUGUCACGUCUGAAACAUCAAGCUAGGACACCUGCACGCCAGGAUGCAUUUACUUAGCGCCAACGUGCGCAUUACAGUUAAUGACUACUGUUUUUCAACGACCAGUUCUAACAUCAGGCCGAGAUGCUCGUCGCGCAUCCCAUCCGCUUGAAAUUAGCAAGAAAUGUUAGCUACCUUUGGGGUUCGGAUAUGUUCCAUGUCUCCCGGUCGUAACAGAUGUUGUCAGCGACUGCAGAGUUCACACAACGCCUUCCCUGUAUAGCUCUAUCAUUGAUAAAAUGCUAAUAAGAAGCGCUACACAAACAGACCGUGCGAUGUCGACGGCAUUCGAUGCGUUUAUUGUCAAUUACUUUACUCCUGCAUCCGCGUAAAGUGCUCGACGAUCAUGCCUACGCCUGCGGUGCACGGUCUUUCAAAGUAAGAGCCCAAGUGUCGCUGGCAUGCAGGUUAAAACAAGCUAAUCUAAUGUUAAAUUAGACUAAUGUCCUUGUGUUUGAUAUUUAACUUAAACAAUGACUGUGUAAGUGAUGCGACUUCUUCUAAUGUGGCCGCUUAUUUGUUUUUGUUUUUAUUUUGAUAUUUCAGUUGAACGUUUGUGGCGCUAACUUUUACCACAACGUCAAGCGAGUUUGAGACUUGCAUUUUGGGUAAUGUAGGCGACAUUACUGUUACCCAUAAUGCAACAACGCAGGCGGGGAAUAGGAAAAAGCACACCAUGCGUGGACUUGUUCAUCGAAUUUUGCUGGCUUUUGACUCCUGAAAAGGAGACACUUCAUUACCACAUACUUUGGACAGCAGUAAGACUUCAGUCGCGUUGUAUUUAAAAGAUGGUGCCGAUUGAUAAAUAUUUUUUUUCAGUAAUAGUGUAGCUCAGGCCCUCACGCGGGCAUUUUGGCUAAGCUAGCUCGUGGAGAUGCCGUGUUGGCUCCGCUAGUGUGGCGAAAGUAGAGAGUUUUCCAGUGGUUCAUGUGUAAAUUACAAUGUCUGGAUUUAAUUUCGGGACGGGAACUCUUGGUUCCACCAACGCGGGAGGAGGGUUUACAUUCGGAACUGCAACCAGUGCACCCGCGGCAAGUACUGGUGGCUUCUCCUUUGGAAAUGCAUUGGGUACAGCUGCUGCGACCCCUGCAUCUACCUCCAGCAACACACCAUCGCUUGGCCUAGGAGGAAGUCUAUUUGGUCAGAAACCCACUGGGGGGUUUUCUUUUAAUUCACCUGCCACAGGUGCCGCUGCUGCGCCUACUGCUGGUUUAACAUUAGGUGCCCCAGCUUCCACGACAUCAGUCCCCACUGGGUUUAGCCUGUCCUUCAACAAACCCACCGGCUCCGCCGCACCAUUCUCUCUCACCGCAACUACCACCAGCGCCACAUCAGUACCCGCUGGAGCAGGUUUAACAUUCGGCUCCGUCUUGUCGACGGCGCCACAGCAACCCGUGGCAACAGGCUUCACGCUCGGCCUCGGCGGCACAACCACCACGACUGCUGCCGCAACAGUGCCGUCACUGGGCGGGAGCCUUUUUUCCAGCACUGCGGCUACAGGUUUGGGGCAAACCACGCUUGGAGGAGCAGGCGGAGGGUUAACAUUAGGUUCUUUAUUAAGCACGUCAACAGGAGCCACGGCAGCACCUGCUCCCAGUAUUGGCUUGGGUGGGGUGGACUUCAGUACGUCCUCUGAGAAAAAGAGUGACGCAUCAUCUGGAACCAAUGCCCAGCAGAAACAAACUUUUUAUUCUGAUGGAAGGGACAGUAAAGCUUUAAAGGAUGAGAACCUGCCCCCAGUCAUUUGUCAAGAUGUUGAGAAUUUCCAAAAAUUUGUCAAAGAGCAGAAGCAGGUUCAGGAGGACAUCAGCAGGAUGUCAUCUAAGGCAAUAUCCAAAGUGCAAGAUGACAUCAAGACCCUCAAACAGCUUCUGUCUAUCAGUGCCAGCGGCCUGCAGCGCCAAGCUUUGGCCAUUGACAAGCUGAAGCUGGAGACGGCACAGGAGCUGAAAAAUGCUGACAUAGCCCUUCGUACACAAAAGACACCCCCGGGUCUUCAGCAUGAGAACACAGCGCCGUCUGACUAUUUUCGCUGCCUGGUGGAGCAGUUUGAGGUGCAGCUGCAGCAGUACCGGCAGCAAAUAGAAGAGCUGGAGAACCACCUGACCACACAGAGUAGUGGCUCUCACAUAACCCCUCAAGACCUGACUAUGGCCAUGCAGAAGUUGUACCAGACCUUCGUUGCACAGGCUGCCCACCUCCAGUCUGUCCACGAGAAUGUAAAGAUCCUGAAGCACCAGUACCUUUCUUACCGCCGAGCCUUCCUGGAAGACGCGACAGACAUCUUUGAAUCCAAGCGGGUGUCCACCAGGAAGUGGCAGAGCACGCCGCGUGUGACCACCGGUCCGGCCCCGUUUUCCAGCGUGCCGAACGCGGCAGCGGUCGCCAUGGCAGCCACCUUGACCCAGCAACAGCAGCCAACUCCAGGGACCCAGGCACCCUUGGGAGGAGGGUUCGGAAACCCCUUUGCCACAGCGGUGGGCACUAGUUUGGGCUCGACCACGUUGGGAGGUUUUGGUGCAGGGCCAGGAUUUGGUGGGGUGGGGACUGGGGGUUCUUCUUUUGCCUUCACCACCACCACUAAGCCCACAGGAGGCAGUCUGAGUGCAGGUUUUGGCGGCAGCAACGCCUCAGGUUUUAACUUCAGCAACCCCGGCAUCAACCCGUCGGCCGGCCUGACCUUCGGGGUGUCCAACCAACCCGCCACGGGCUUCGGCACGGGAGCGCCCAUGUUGCAGCUCAAGAAGCCCCCCGCCGGUAAUAAGCGGGGCAAAAGAUAGACUGGAGAAUCUUAGGAUUGAGCAGAUGUAGCUGCUUUAAAAGCCUGGUUUCCGUACAAGCUACCAACUAGCUGACAAACUUCACGAAUUGAUAACGUAGCAAGUCGUUAACUUGGCUCUAGCUGGUGUGCUUGGUGCCAUUUUGGGACAAUGACUGCAUGAUUAACCAAAUAUAGCAUCAAACAUGGUGAAUGAACUGGGACCAAAUCCUUUUUGGACAACUGUUGUUGUUGCACUGCAAUGCUUUUGGGAAUGCCAGCUAUGUUUGGAGCCUUCGUGGCUUUGCCCAAGUUCCGUCCAGAGUUAGAAUUAAUAGAAAUAUACAGUACUUUUAUUUUUAUAACAAGAGGGAAGUAACAUUCUGGUGAAAGGCGACGAGCAUCAUCAUGUUAUUCAUUGCUGAGUCCUGGACAACCUGUGUUGUUUUUGCUGUCACUCAUUCUCAUUGUUUCAUACUGUAAGUACCUUUUGAACACCUUUUAUUUUUUUCAUAGAUGUACCAGUUUAUGAUGUCAGCUUAAGAAGUGGUGCACUGCGUAUCUCAAGCAAGAUCAGUGUGUCAUGUCUGCUCACGUGUAUGUGCACAGGGACGUUGAGGGUUUUUGUCAGCUGAGUCAACAUAUGCUGAUGGUUGUACUUUCAUUUUCUAAUUACUGUCUGUGUACAACUGAAUUUUCCAGAUGUGUUUGAUAAGACACUUUCAUAUGUGAUGUUUUGCCUUUGGACAACAUCACUCCAAUAAAUGUUUGCUAGAACAGAA